AUGAGGACGCUAGUCGCCCUAGCUGUUUUGGGAUGCGUUGCAGUCGUUUGUUCUGGCCGCGAGAUCGGCCAGAAGGAAACCGACUUGGUGGCCGCUGCUUCCCACCAUAAAGGACACCACCACGAGGAGGGCGGUGGCAAGGAGCACCACGAGCACCACCACCACGAGCACGGCGAGAAGGGUCACAAGGGGCACAAGGGACAUCAUCACCACCACAAGGGCGAGCACGGUCACCAUGGCAAGCACCACCACGAGGGCCACCACCACGAACAUGGCGGCGGACACAAGAAGCACUGGGAUGAGCACGACCACCACGGUCACCAUCACGAACACGGCCACCACCACAAGGGCGGCAAGCACGGACACAAGAAACACCACGACAAGGGUGAGGAAACCGAGGGAUACCACAAGAAGUACCAUAAGGACGAGUACCACAAGGACCACCACUUCUACGAUGAGCAUCACAAGGAAGGCAAGCACCACAAGCACGGCGACCAUCACGGACACCACGAGAAGAAGGGAGGCGGCCACAAGAAGGGCGGUCACCACCACUCCGGCCACCACGAGCACCACCACGGCAAGAAGGGACACCAUGACAAACAUCAUUACGAUGAAGAUCACAAGGGCCAUAAGGGCCACCACGGACACGAGGAGCACCACCACCACCACCACGACCACGGCAAGAAGGGCGGCCAUGAAGAUCACAAGCACUGGGGAUUCCAUCACGGCAAACACUGA